UUAUGAAUGAAAAUUUUCAUUGAAACUCACACACCAAAAAUAUUUUUAUUAUAACGCUACAUACUUAUAGGUGGUGGUGGUGGUGGAUUCUACAACAAUGGACGCAGUAGCAAACAGUUUGGUGGAGCUUAUGGAUAUGGAGGAGAAGGAGGAAGAGGAUUUGUUCAAGGUGGAGCAGGUGGUCGCGCGAGGCGACAUAAUGCUGUCGGAGGAUUUGGGGGAGGUGGAGGUGCGUACGGAGGUGGAGGAGGCGCCGGAGGUGGAGGAGGAUAUUCUGGAGGAGCAUCCGGUGAUAAUGAAUAUCAUUCUUGCGGAGGAGGAGGCGGAUCUUUCAAUAGUGGGAAGAAUCAACUGAAAAUUGAAGGAUUUCGUGGUAGUGGCCAUGGUUAUGUCGAAAUAAAAUAUUUGGCAUAAAAUUACAUGACGCAUCUUGCAAUGCACAUUUUAAUGUUAUCAUAUGGUCAUCUCUUCAUUAUAAUUACUCGUCUUUUCUAGUCUAAUUAUCUACGUCCAAGUAGUUCAAGAACUUCUUGAGCAAUGUUUUAAUCGUUAUUUGUUUUGUUCAGCAAAAUUAAAGAUAUACAUUAUAUCCAA